AUGAUCUCCUCGCACAAGAACAGGAGGGUGAACAGGCAGAAGGAGAGGAGGCAAACGGUGAAGUCUCGCACUGUCAAUGGAAUCAAUGGCACAGACCAUGAUCAGGAGAUGGCGAACGGAGAGGAGAGCGCACAACCUCAGCCAACGCCAUCAAGCGUGGGCAUUCAAGGCGAGAGACAGGCAAACAAAGUCAGAGUAACAACACCAUACUUGACCAAGUACGAACGAGCACGAAUAUUGGGGACGAGAGCGCUUCAGAUUAGCAUGAAUGCCCCAGUACUUGUUCCCUUGGAUGGCGAGACUGAUGCUUUGCAAAUCGCAAUUAAGGAGCUCUCGCAACGAAAAAUUCCUCUUAUCAUCCGGCGCUAUCUACCCGAUGGAAGUUUUGAGGAUUGGAGUGUCUCCGAGUUAAUUAGCGAAUGA